GUGCUUGCACGGCUGAGCUGCCACCGAGGCUGCACCAUCCACACGACAGCCCCCUCACAAAAUGGACCAGGAAACCCUGGGAAGCAUUGCCCUACUCGCCAUCGUCACCUUGAUAAGUGUUGUCCAGAAUGCUUUUUUUGCUAGCAAAGUGGAGCAUGAAAGCAAACACUGCAACGGCAAGGGGCUCCAGCGGCUGGGAUCCUCCGCCUUCGACCGAGUCUACAUUGCCAACCAGAACUGUGGACACGCGUACCCUACGUUUCUGGCCACGCUUUGGUGUGCUGGCCUCCUCUGCAGCCCAGCUCCUGCCGCCUUUGCCGGCCUGAUGUACUUGUUUGUGAGGCAGAAGUACUUCGUGGGCUACUUGGGAGAAAGGACUCAGAGCACUCCCGGUUACUUGUUUGGAAAACGCAUCAUUUUGUUCCUGUUCCUCAUGUCCGUGGCUGGAAUACUCAACUACUAUCUUGUCUCCUUUUUCGGAAGUGACUUUGAAAAGUACAUGAAAAUGAUAACCAGUGCGAUCUCUCCGUUGCUGCUCAUCCCGUAG